AGUCCGAUUACCUUUGACCUAGUAAAACAAGAAUGGCUGGACAGGUGAACCCAGAUUUGGCCAAAGAGAGGGAAAAUGCCAGUUUUAACACCCAAAAACUCACCAACCUUCUGUACGGCGGCGCGGAAAAAGUGAGGAGAAGGCGGUACAUCGAAUCCCUGGCCUUCAGUGACCCAGCGUACAGUGGUGAUGAAGACCCAGUGUUCAUGUCGAGAGAAGAACUGUACAGCUCGCAGCUGAAACGUGCCCUAACCACUGUGCAGCGGGUCAAGGAACUAAACAUCACAGAGGAGGAUCUCAGCACAUACAGGAAUGCCGCCCUGUCUGGAGGCAUGCCUGGCCUUGCCCUGACCUGGAUUGCCUUCAUCCCCACCAUCCUGCAGCAGGGGACAGAGGAACAGAAACAGAAGUGGCUGAAACCUGCACAGGACCUCUCUAUUGUCGGGGCGUACGCACAGACUGAGAUGGGGCAUGGCACAUUUGUGCGAGGUUUGGAGACCACAGCGACCUAUGACCCCAGCACACAGGAGUUUGUGAUCCACUCUCCAACCCUGACCUCAACCAAGUGGUGGCCGGGCGGAUUGGGUAAGACGUCCAACUAUGCGACAGUGAUGGCCCAGCUGUACACACAGGGGAAGUGUUACGGACCUCACAACUUCAUGGUGCAGAUACGCAGUCUGGAGGACCACACGCCAUGUCCUGGGGUGACGCUGGGUGACAUCGGUCCCAAGAUGGAAGGGAACGCAAACGACAACGGUUUUGCCCGGUUCGACCACGUGCGAAUCCCACGGGAAAACAUGCUGAUGAAGUUUGCUCGUGUGGAGCCAGACGGGACGUACGUCCAGCCCGCCAGCUCCAAGCUGGCAUACAGCAACAUGGUGUACCUGCGAGGAACAUUUGUGAUGAGUGCUGCUCAAGCGCUGGCCUCUGCCUCCACUAUAGCUGUCAGGUACAGCUGUGUGCGCAGGCAGAGCGAGAUGAAACCGGGGGAGCCCGAGCCACAGAUUCUUGACUACCAGACGCAGCAGUACAAGCUGUUCCCCCAGCUGGCUGCUGCCUAUGCUUUCUGGUUUGCUGCUCGCUUCAUGACUCAGCAACACGCCAGCAUUACGGGCAGUAUGGAGAAGGGAGACAUGUCCGGGCUGGCAGAGCUGCAUGCCCUGAGCGCUGGUCUGAAGUCCUACACCACGGCAGUGAUGUCAGCUGGGAUUGACGUGUGUCGGAUGUCGUGUGGGGGUCAUGGGUACUCACACGCCAGCGGGCUGCCUGCACUGUUCAGUACUGGUACAUCUCUCUGUACAGCAGAAGGGGAGAACACUGUCAUGAUGCUGCAGACAGCAAGGUACCUGGUGAAGUGUUUUGUGCAGUCCCAGUCAGGUAAGACCCUGAGCGGCACGGUUGCGUACCUGUCUGCCGUCCAGCCCUCACCUGUGUCAGGUGAGAGGAACAUGUCUGACCUGGGGACACAGGUGACAGCCUUCCAGCACAGGGCAGCCAGGAUGGUGAGACAUGCAGCCCUGCAGAUGCAGACUGAGAUGCAGAAGGGGAAGUCUCGAGAAGAUGCCUGGAACAGCUGCUCUGUCCUGCUCAUCAAGGCUGCUCAGGCCCAUGUCCACUCCUUUGUAGUGAGAAACUUUGCAGAAACAGUACAGACAGUUGAAGUGGAGGAGUCUGUCAGGGCAGUGCUGACCUCCCUCUGUCAGCUGUACUCACUGCAUGGCAUUACUGAACACGCUGGAGACUUCCUCAUGGAUGGUUACCUGACAGGCCGAGACAUUGACGCAGCGAGCUCCCUUCUGAGCGCCGUGUUAGCCCAGCUCCGUCCUGACGCCGUGGCGUUGGUCGACGCCUUUGACCUCCACGACAAGAUGCUGCAUUCCGUCCUGGGUCGCUACGACGGCAGGGUGUACGAACACCUGUACCAGUGGGCCCAGAAGUCACCUCUCAACAAGACUGAGGUUCAUGAAUCCUACUACAAGUACCUUCAGCCUUUUCUCAAGAGUAACAGAGCCAAACUGUGAAGAAGGGCUUAGUACACCACCAGUUUUGUAGCCUGUGUUACACAAUCUGAUAGCCAAGAAAUUGUCAAGAAUGGAUAUUUUAACUUGUCUGUACCUUGAAUUCCAUGAGUCGUGACAGCCCAAAACAAUUCAUUUUUAAAUUUGAAGUUAUUUGAUGGAAGGAAGGUCACAGAUUCUGAAACAUUUGAUGUCUAAAAAUCUAGAAAAC